AUGGCUAAAACCGAGAUGUUGUCUUUGUACAUAAAAAAACUGAGUCAUCCUCUGAAAGAAAUUCGUGAGCGCUCCUUACAGUUGUUGACUGCCAAGUUAAAGUUAGGGUGGGAGUUGGAUGAUGAGCUAUCGGGCACAAGAGAAUUAUUGGAAGGAUUACUAGCUUGGUUUGAGGUCUCUCAACCGUCGUUACAACGUGAAGUACUUCAACUUCUACUUACAACCAUUAAAACUAAAGCAGGCUCAUACAUUACUAAGGAGUUUGGGAUACCAUCAAUUUUGUCAAAUUUAAACAAAGUCAAACAUAAAAUUGCUGUAGAUGCACUAGAAGUUUACAAUGAUGUUAUUGAGACUUUGCAAUUCAUGAACACUGUAGUAUCUGACAGCAAUGUAGCAAUACCCAGACUUACUCUGCAAGACAUGACAAGUUCAGAAAGUGAGGAGGCGUCAAGUUGUAACUACUAUAAUUUAGGCCCGAAUUUUAAAUCCUCAAAGGAAACAUCAAUAUCCAAUGAUUCUGACGUACACACGCGUAAGAACACUAAUAUUGAAGACAGUAUUCGCAUAUUGCUGUUCCCUUGGGUAAACCUUUGCCAGUCCGACAAGAAGACUCUGUUGUUGGUGGAAGAUGCCUUGAGAUUACUUAAAUCCACAAGAAGAUGCUGCCGGUUUAUACGUGACGUAUUUCUUCGGGAUUUCCCCCCAGAAAUCUUUCUGAACCGACCUGAAAUAAUUAAAAGUUUAUUGACGAUAUCUGACGGGAGCCAUAGCGGACGACCCGGAGAAGCUCUAUUUGUACUCCUACAUAUAACAAAAGCUUUGCACAUGAGAAUUUUGCAACUGUCGUCUUUAGAUCUGAUUCAUGAAUUUACUAAGGUUUUAGACGAAUACAAAGAAAUAGACGAUGGUUUAAAUUUGGAACUACAGGAAAUAGCUGGAGACUGUAAUCCUGGGACACCCCAAGAAGAAGAUGGACUUAUAACGCUAAAACAGUUACCAAUACCAGUCUUUGCUUUAGAUACUUUACAUGUGGUACUAUCGAUCUUGGCAAGAAGUGCCAUUUUAGUGGACCCUGUCGACAUAACUGAAUGGUUGGAUAUGAAAGAGGUGAAUACUUGUUUGAGAAUAGUGGAAAGUCUUGUCGUAUUGUUACUUGAUUGUAUUAACCCUAGCUUCUGGAAUAUGGACCAUAACGCUAAAAUCUAUAGAGAUAUAUCUCAUAAAAGCUGCAUGGCUAUGAGACUAAUGGGUGACCUUUUGUUAAAGUAUAGGAAAUCAUAUUUUGAGGACCCAGAUAGAUCUCAUCACCGCUUGGCAUCCUUACGGCUGAUGAUGUCUGCUGAAAAACUGUUGCAUUGGGCUCUGGAUUCCGCUCUUCCGCCGACUACAUUGGUAAAUGCUAUGCAACUAGCGCAAUUAGAUCCCGCUGUCGAGUUAUUUUAUCCGGAGCUGAGUAAAAAUAUUGAUGUCAUUUUGGAGAAUACGCGGACAGUUGUUAAUCAGGAGUACAGAAGCAAGUAUAGAGCAUUAAAAAAUUUGUUUGCGAGCAUGGAUGACGCUAUUUUAUUCGCGAAGAACAAAACAUCACAUUAUUCAAAAACGAUUUUCACACGUAUCAAGAAUUCACUGCCCGUAUUAGAAUUACUUCAAAACGAAAACUUUUUGUUUGAUAUCUCAGAUAUUCUUCUUAAGAAAACUAAGGAUAUGGAGUUGACUGAUGGCGAUUGGUCUGAGGCUCGCAACAUAGCGCUUAGUCUAAUGGCUCAUAAUUUAAUCUGGGUUCGGACCACCUUCUAUAAACUACUAGGUGACAUGGUAAAGUCUAUAUUAGUUGGUGACGAUAAUUAUCAGGCUGAUAAUGAAAAAUGCCUUACACUGUUGUGCGACGUUGGUAUCCUAACGGAAAUAUGCUGCCACGGCCUGUCUUCUGCAGUAAAAGAGGUAGAAGAAAGUGCAUCCGACAUAAUGCUAUAUUUAUUGCGUGGACGACUAAUCCUCAGCGAGAGCUAUUGGUGGCGGCUACUGGCCAGCUUGUUGCCAGUAUUGCCAUUGUUGCAUGUAUACGCAGCCCAUGAAACACAGUUAGGUAAAGCUGUAUGCAAGUCUUUGGAGCGUGACAUUGCCGAUUGUAUGGGCGUGUCCGUCGUAGAGGUGAUGACGGGCUUAGUGAGGCUUCUUUUUGUACGAUGCGUUGCUGUACAGCUGGAUGCGGCACAUACUUUAUGCCAAAUGUUGGAUGACGAACGAUACUUACCACCGAAAGAAUCUUUACGUGCUGAUAUUUUGUUAAGUGCAUUACGGCGAAUAGAACCUCAAGAUUUUAAUUUAGAUUUGUCUAGUUCACCUACAAAAACUUUACAGACAGGAGGCCUUAUCCAAAUUUUGGAUGUAUUAAAACAAGACAUAGUUUUGGAUGAUCACGGCGAGUUCGUAGGAAGGAAGACGAUGCAUCCCACUUUAGAACCGUCGUUACGGCGUAGCACAUUACAGCAACUCGCGGUGCUGAUGCGGCAACAGGACUUGCAUCACACCUUCAUACAAAGUGAUGGUGUGCGAGUUAUUGUUGCUACACUAAGAAUGUCGCUUAUGGUGGACGACUAUUUGGCAUUUCCAGAAUGUGCAAUUAGUUGCGUGUCAGUACUGAAUAGCAUUUGUUUUGCAAGUAGACAUGAAUUGUCUAAAAUAUCUGAUUUGUCUGCACUACUUAUUAGAGUGAUUUUAGUAUUUCCUGCCAAUGAUUCCUCAGUGCUGAUGGCAGCUCAAAUUCUAACCAUAGUAUCUUGGGCUGGAUUCGCUUUACAAGAACUGGAUUCUUCUCGACAUCGGAUACCAGCACUACCGCUUAGUGUUACUCAACGGACAUCUUUACCUUUCAAUGUACAUAGUUAUUGGAAUACCAGCCCAAACGCUGAACACUCUGCUAUAGAAUGGCUUCUAACCGAGGAAGAGUGGCGAACGGCAAUCCGCGUACGAUGGUGGUGUGCGAAUUCUGUCACCUCUAAGCUUUUAUAUACAGCACCUCCUGCGGCCCCUUUGGUGUUAAAACCCACGGCUCGAGAUAUAUUAUCAUUGAAAGCAGCUUGUCCUUUGUUUAACUGUACUAAGGCGCUACAGUCUUUACAAAAUGCUACCACACAUAAGCAAGUUAUUGAUGCUAUUCAUAUACUGGAUAGCUAUGUAUAUCUAGUGCCGUUUGCAAAUGUAAGUAGGAAGGAGUUCAGUGCGCUACCGUGGCACCACACUAAAAGGUUCUUAUGUUCACCUCCCGCUUCGUCCCGAGAUAUUACACUUUUAUAUUCGUUGUUGCAAUUUGUUAUCGCUUACAUGGAUAACGUGCCAAAUAGUGAAGGCACAAUGUCAUGGAUUAAGUCGUGUUUCAUCGGCAAUGAUGCGAAUAUCAUUUCCCUAUUGAGUCGCAGUGAGCUUUAUCCUCAACAAACAGUACAAGAAACCAUAGAAAUCACGCAACUACACAUACACAUUGUAAAAGUUUUGAUUCGAUGUAUCGUCCUAUUGGAAUGUGAAGAUUAUGAUAGCAAUAGAUUGGAAAGUUUGCUUAAAAUUUUGUUAGCAUGUUUGGACAAAAUUGACCUAAAGGAUUUUCACAUGUUAGGGUACCUUAAUGAACUGAUGCGUUGUAUAAGAUAUGCACUAAAUUCCCGCCACUGUAAGCUUUCCGAAGAUACCCUCAUCCAAUGUUUAAAACUUUUAACAAGAACAUUGACUGGUUGUGCGUCUGGUGGUGGGUGUAAAGGACAAGCCUGCAGACUGGAUGCGAUGCUGUCUUUGUUGGCACUGUUGAGACAAAUUGGCAUAGAAGAUCUUCCUGUACAGAGGUGGAGUGAGCUGUUUAACAGUGACGUCGUUUCGGUCGUGGUUAAAAGUGCUAAUGGUUCUCGAGCAGAAUUGCGUGCUGCUGCACUACAUGUGAUCGCAGCACUCACGUAUUACGUACAGAUGCAGCCCCAGUUACUGCAAGCUAUACAAGAAUCGUCCCUCUCUGAAUUUGCGGUUCAAGUAUUUUCGCAACGUGGGGAAGCAAACGCCGUGCGCUCUGCCUCUGCCUCCAUUCUUCUAGCUGUCGCCUCAAGGGCUUCGUCACGAUCCGAUGUAAGUAUUCAUAAUAUUAUAAACCAGCAUCAGAAACCAGGAGAUAUUGAUUAG